AUGACAUACAUCAAUAAUACCAAAAAGUUAGCAAUCAUUGGCGCUGGACCAGGUGGCCUAGCAACGGCAAGGGUGUUCUUGCGUAAUUGUCCUCAAUAUCGUAUUGAUUUAUUUGAAAAACAAUCUUCAAUUGGUGGUGUCUGGAAUUAUGAUGAUAAUAAUAAGGACGGUAAGGUUAUGUACGAUCACUUAGAGACUAAUAUUUGCAAACAGUUGAUGCAGUUUAGCGAUUUCCCGUUCCCUGAAGAUGUCUCCACUUUCCCUAAGAGAAAAGAUGUUCUACAUUACUUAAAAAGUUACUACGAAAAGUUUCUUAAAAACAAGGAUAAUCUAGUUAUGCAUUUAGAAACAAAGGUUGAGAAUAUUGAAAAGGUUGAAACAGAAUCAAAGUGGAGAAUUACUACCAUAAAUUUAUCUAAUAAGGAAACAAAGACUGAAUUGUACGAUUAUGUAAUUGUAUCGAAUGGUCACUAUGAGUAUUGUAAUUUUCCAACUAAUAUACUUGGUAUGAAAGAAAGUUUAGAAGAGAAGAUGGUAUUUCAUUCGAAAGAUUUUCAAAAUUGCCAAUUUGCCAAAGAUAAAACAGUUGUUGUAAUCGGAAAUGGUAGCUCAGGCCAGGAUAUUGUCGUCCAAUUAGCUACUGUCGCUAAGAAAGUCUAUAAUAGUGUAAAUGAAUUGAGCAAAAAUGAUAUGAUUCACGAUCUAUUAUGGGAAAUGGGUUGCGUAGAAUUUGUUCCUAAAAUAGUGGAAUGCGAUGCUAAGACCCACACAGUAUCAUUACUAGAUGGAAGGGUUAUAAAUGAUAUUGAUUAUAUCAUUUGUGCUACCGGUUACAAGUAUAAUUUCCCAUUCAUGGAGAAAAGAUUAAAGAAUAUUCUAUUGACAAAUAAUCCAAAUGGCGAUAUUGCUUCUGAUAGUGGAUCUGGUAGAGUUUAUAACUUAUGGGAACAGAUAUUAUACACCAACGACCAUUCGAUUGGAUUUAUCUUACUAUCACAAAUGAUUAUUCCUUUCCCACUAGCAGAAUUACAAGCUGCGGUAUUAUCUCAAGUUUUCGAAAAUAAAAUUCAUAUCCCACAUACAUUUAAACCUGAUAAUAAUAGUGAAAGUUAUCAUUCCUUUCCAGAGCUCACGGAUAUUGAAUAUUAUAGGCAUUUACAAAAAUUACUAGACGACACAAAUUACGAUCCAACCAGUAAUUUCAAACCAGUGAAGUGGGACACAUAUCACAGAGAAUUGAGAUCAACAAGCAAAGACAACAAAACUGAGAGAAAUAAAAUGUUAAUUAAACAUGCAAAAAUAUUGAGAGAGAAGGGACUACCAUAUAAAUUGAUCCCAAUUGAAGAAGAUGAAUUGGAGAAGUUGGCCUGA